CACUGUUAAACAAAAAGGAUUGCGCUUUUUUCUCGCCAUCUACGAUCUAACGGUUCCAAUAAUCUUCGUGGGGCCUAAUCGGAUGGUUCAAGUUCAACAGCAAGUCUUUUCUGAGUCUUGACUUUUUUGUCGUUGGAAGUCUUUUGAUUCCUUUAAGAUUUUACUUAAUUUGCAAGUUGUUACUGAUCAGAAGAGUAAAGGGUAGUGGAGCUUGAUUUUAGGAUUCUGAAGCAGGGAUGCAUCAACAAAUAGCUCAAUCUGAAGCUUCAAACCGACCACACCCAAGAGUUUUUCAAAGGGGAAAAAAUAAGAGAAAAAAUAAUGCAAGAUGGAGUAUGCAAGUCUAGCUGCGGAAAAUAGACACUUGAAAGGCAUAAUUGAGGGGAUGAUUUCCAAUUACUUGAAAGUUCCUGGCAAAAAUUUUCAGAAACAUGAAAAUUAUGUUUCCCACUCAACCGGCCACAAUGAUCUUCAAAGCUUUUAUGCCCAGGAUCAACAAGGCGUGGUCUUUGAUAUAGGAGGAAAUGCUGAAGAGCUCAAUGUUAUGGAUGGUUUGGAACUCAAUGAAUUAUUGGACGAUCCGUUAUCUAAUGAAGAGCUCGAUGUUAUGGAUGGUUUGGAGCUCAAUGAAUUAUUGGACGAUCCGUUGUCUAAUGAAGAGUUCGAUGUUAUGGAUGGUUUGGAACUCAAUGAAUUAUUGGACGAUCCAUUGUCUAAUGAAGUAGAAAAUCCAAAGAAUUCCCAGAACAAGAAGCGUGCGGCGACAUAUGAGGAUUUCAAAGACUAUGUGGCUGAUGCAAAAGACUUCUAUGGGAAGUCUGUCAGCACUGGUUUAUUCCCUUGAUCCUUCCAGUGCUCCAGCACCUAGAACUUUCUACAUUUCUAGCUAUUUUAGGUGUGUUGCUUCUUUAAUUUUGGGCCCUUUCUUUUUCUUUUUUUUUUCUCUUAUCUGGUUUAUGAAGUUUUUCACGGGAGAUAGACUAAUUUCUCACAAGUUUCUGAUGUUAAGGAGUUUUCUAGGUUACGGUCGUUACCUGAACAACAGUACGGUUUACUCACCUUACCGUACUGCGUUUUAUGUGCCGAGCGUAACAUGUUUAACUCUUAACAUUCGAUUCGUUUGGAUACGUGGUGUGAGAGACGACUCUCAUCUGAUUGUGGCUUUAGGAGUUCAUUCAAGAUGGCACGUACAAUAGACUCCCACCACGCAUCCAACAAAGUGGCUUAUUGUCAGAGGUUAAAUUGAAACCUA